ACAGCCACCGCAGUCACCAAUAGUGCGCCAAAGGAGGAGUAUGUCGAGAUACUUUUACGCAUGGAAAUAUUACUAAUAUACUGAAUGGAAGUACUAUCCGAUGUAUAGAAACGUCAAUUAAAACACGGAUUAAAAAAGGAUUACGAGCGCCCAAAUGGAUGCCAGCAACAACAGCUCUGGGAAGACAGCGGACGAAGACGGGGAACGCUUUGCGCACGUCAGAGCCGGAGUUUUGGGCUUAGUGUUUGUGCUCGCGACGUGCGGCAAUCUUUUUUUCUUGGGCACACUUUGUAAGAAGAGAAAGAGAAACACGAGGACCCAUCUGUUCCUGCUGCACCUGUGCUUUGCAGAUCUGGUGGUCGCCUUUUUCCAAGUCCUACCGCAGUUUUCUAUCGAAAUUACGCACAGGUUUCGAGGUACAGACUUAUUAUGCCGGUGCGUAAAAUACUUGCAGGUGGUUGGGAUGUUUUCCUCCGCGUACAUGAUAGUGGCCAUGACCAUAGACAGGUACCACGCGGUGUGCAUGCCAAUGGUUUCCUUCAUGGGGGGCUCGUGUAGAAGGUAUAUCUCCAUAGGCGCAGCGUGGGUGAUUUCUCUCGCCUUCAGCUCUCCACAGCUUUUCAUCUUCUCUCUCCAGGAGGUGGAGGUGAACCACUACGACUGCUGGGCGACAUUUAUCGAACCGUGGGGGAGCAGGAUCUACAUAAGCUGGAUCACGCUGUCAGUGUUCGCGCUGCCUGCCGUCAUCUUGUUGUAUUGCCAAAUAAGAAUAUGCACAACCAUAUACUUUAACAUGAAGAGAAAGGCCCUGCAGGCGGGCCGCACGGGUACGAAGGGGGUUUCAAACGCAAUGCUCAAGACUGUGAAAAUGACUUUUGUUAUUAUCAUGGCAUACACAGUGUGCUGGAGUCCAUUCUUUGUUGUACAGUUAUGGUCUGCGUGGAGCCCCAGCAGUGCGCCCACUCAAGGUCCAGUGUUUGUCGUCAUCAUGCUUCUGGCUGGUCUGAACAGCUGCACAAACCCCUGGAUAUAUCUCUACUACAGCUGAGAAUAGCCUCAUUUAAAUCGAGAAAUCCCUAACGGACUCGGAGUCACAUGUAGACGUUGUACAUGAAGACUCUCCUGAGAUUAGAGGACUGUGGCCACAAGCUGGUUUGUACAACAUGUAAAGAGGACUUAACUAUUUAGGAUAACCUUUCAGCAUCACCAUCAAUCCUGACAAAGUAAAAAAAACAACAACAAAAAAAAAAAACAAUAAAAACAUGCCGUUAAUUCAGUAGAAAAAGUAAACGCACAUUUUCAACAGGGAUAAGAAUCCCUGCACAGACUAAAAUAGUGUCUUUCUUUGAGAGCCGCAAGAUGACAAGAUAAAAGCUCUUUCAAUAGAAGCCCCAUUAAAAAAGAAUCCCUUCCUCCUAGACCUCCCGUGCAGAGAAACAAAACAUCUGACUGUCAUUCACUUUUAACCUUGCCGUUAAGGUUUCUGUGAUGUUGUGAGCUGCCGCACAUGUAAGCUUUCUACCUCACCUUCUCCUCGAAUUGCUUUUCCAUUUUUGUUCCAUUCCAAGCCAACACCGUCAAACCUAACAAAUGACAGACCUUCAUUCUGUACAAACUGUAAUUUCGCUCAUUUUAUCCUCUCACGGUAAUGAUCACCGCUUCAGUUUGGACUCAAUGGCUGAGAAUGACUUUGUAGCGAUGAUAUUGUUGCAGAAUCGCAGCGACAAGAAUACAACAAUUUGAUUUAAUUUCUAAUAUCAAGAAUCCAUUCCCUCAAUCCUUGCUGGAGCGGCAAAGCCCAGUAUUAUCAUUCACCAGGGAAAUGAGUCAUCUUAUGACCUUUUCAGCGAAUGCCCCGAAGUCAUUGUAAAUUGCGAUUCA